CCUCCGGCGUUAACACGCGAAAGAGGAGUGAAUGGGACAGCGGGUGUGCGGCUGUCAAUGCUGUGGAGACAGAAUAGCGCGCACACGCUGAACUAAAAAAGUAGUAGUCGGAGAUUAAGGUGGUUGUGAAGCAGAGGACAGCUGCCCACCGCCAAAGUGUGGCCAAAAAAAAGAAGGAAGAACCGGCGCGGAGGGCCUCAUCCCGUUCGAGGAGAGAAUCGCUGCGAUCAUGGGUGACGCUGCUCUCUCAGGGGUGAUGGGAGGACACAUGGCUCACUAUGAUCACCCCACAAGCCUUUGUGCUGGGUUGCCUAGGCAACGGUCUGGUGCUGUGGGCCUACUUGGACCGAGCCGACAGGAAGAGAAGUCAUCCCGCAGGAUUUUUGAGGCCCUGUUGCCAAACCGACCAGAGGGAGUGUAGGUAUCCGUCCAGAAGAAACAUUUCAUCCAGCUCCUCCUCCUCGUCUCCCGGGACCCCGUGCCCGUCCCGCUCCCUAACAGACUCUCUGAUAGCCAGCUUAGCUUUAGCAGACCUCUGCUUCCUGGUGACCCUUCCCCUGUGGGCUGUGUACACGGCCCUGGGGUACCACUGGCCGUUCGGGCAGACGUUGUGUCAGCUCAGCAGCUUCCUCACCGCCCUCAACAUGUACGCCAGCAUCUUCAGCCUGAGCGUGCUCAGUGUGGAGCGCUAUUGGGUCCUGACCGGACAGCCGCGUCGCCGGCCUUCCGCCCGGGCUCCGAGGGCGCUGGCGGGAUUGUGGGUGUUGGCCGGGUUCCUGGCGCUGCCCGCCUUGCUGAUGCGCUCCGUCCAGGUGCCCGAUUGGCCGGAUGAGUCAGGUUCUAUAGCAUGCCAGAUGGACUACUCCAUGCUGAUCAGAGACGAGCCGGACGAGGACGAGAGAGAACGUGCCCAGAUGUGGUGGGCGGCGGUCCUGAGCAUCAAGUCCACGCUGCUCGGCUUCCUGUUGCCCCUCGUCGUCCUGCUGGUGUGCUACUGUUCCCUGGCCCGCCUCCUCAGCAGACACUUUGGCCGCGGGCCUCGACCCGACCCCCGGCGCCAGCGUAGGCUACUCAGGGUCAUCGUGACUCUGGUGUUGGCCUUCUUCCUGUGCUGGCUGCCUUUGCACGUCAACAAGACUUUGUCCCUGCUCCUGGAGUUCGGGUUCCUGCCGUACUCCUGCGCCUUGGAUCAGAUCCUGCUGGCGGCGCACCCGUACGUCACCUGCGUGGCCUACCUAAACUCUUGCCUCAACCCGCUGCUCUACGCCGCCUGCGACCGGUCCUUCCGGAAGAGAUGCAGGCAGACGUUCCUGCAGCUGUGCGGAGCACGGAGGAGAAAGGAAAUGGAACGAAGGGAGGCGCAGAAGGACGACCAGGAGGGAAGCUUAGACGGCCCUACGAGAACACAGGAGGAAACGGCAGACAAAACGCAGGAGGCAGAGAUGGUCACUGAACAGUGA